AUGUUUAAUCAACAAGGGCUUGAUGUCAAUAAGUUGAUUUAUAUCAACGCUGUUGCAACAGAUGGAACAAGUUCUUGCACACCCAUCGAUUGUCAAGCAAGUUGUUCACCUAGUUGUGGUAGCGAUUAUACUUGUGUAUUGAAAACGAUGACAAAAUGCGGCGUUUGCCCUGCAUCUGCAUGCUUAAGUCGUACUUCUCUGGGUUUACCACCACUAAAAAGCACUACAAGUCAACCGAGUUCUUCAAACUCAUCCAAUGGCACAGGUGUCUUAGUGGGCGGUAUUGUGGGCGGUUUAGUUGGAUUGGGUUUAGUAGUCAGUGCUGGUCUAUUUUUUUACUUUAAAAAAUCAAAACCAAAGAAAGGUCAGCUUCCAUUUGCGUUUACAACUGGAAAUGCAUCUCAAAUGAUCAGUCAAACACCUCAGCGUGCAUUGUCACCUCCUGAUACGCCAACUCAACCAAGGCACCCUUCUUUACUUCCCUCCAGUCGUUCCUCUUUAAGAUACAUGGCAUCGGUUUCUUCUGCAGGCAGAACUGGAUCUAUCAUCUCAUCAGGGCGAAUGAAUUAUAACGAUGGCCCAAUCGUAUUUAACAACUCUUUUAAUGACUUUAAUACCACUAAUACCACACCUUCUUCUUCGUCACCUACUGCAUUUGCCAAUUCAACGAUUCCUGAGGAAUUUGAAGAGAGUAUAGCACUUCAGAAUAAACGUAUUUCACAAAUAUUGCACAACAAUCCUCGCAUGUCACAACGAUCUUCCUAUAAUAGAAAUAGUGCGCUUUCUUACGCAACGAGUACAGACGACAGUCAUUAUGAUGGGGAUAAACGAGACUCUACUUCAACUACCAGCUCACGUGCUCGAGACAGUCAACCAACUCAGCCACAAGUAGCAACAGCAGUGCAAGUAGUGCAAGUGACAAGAGCUAAACCUCAAAUCAUGCGUGUCAAUUCUGUAAGACAGAGUGUGAUGAGCAACGGCUUAAGUCGAAGCAAUUCUGUUCGUACUAUAUUAACGCCAGCAAGCGAAUCAGAAAUAAAUCUACCAUCACCUUCAAGCGGAACAACAGACGAAUUAAACAAGAAGGAAAAAAUCGUCGAAGAAGAUGAAGGAGAAUAUGAUAAUGUUUCUAUAGACCAAUUCCCUUCUACAUCUGAUAACCCCUUCAAUGACACACAUGCUUCCUCUUCUUCUGCUGAAGACUCAACAAAGAAAAAGCAUUGA